AUGGCACGUAUGCUGAAUCAACUAACAGGUUCCUCGGAAUCUUCAGUACCUAACUUUGGCAUUGAGCCACUCACUGGCGCGAACUUCGCUUCUUGGAAGGAUCAACUGAUGCUGACUCUAGGCAUGUUAGAUUACGACCUUGCCAUUCGUCAGGAUGAACCUGCUGCCGUUACUGAGCAAUCCACUAGGGAACAUAAGGCGGCUUAUGAUAGAUGGGAAAAGGCGAAUCGCUUAUCACUUAUGCUGGUCAAGAACACAAUCAACCUCAGCAUCCGAGGAGCAAUUCCUGAUUCUGACAAAGUGAAGGAAUACCUCAAAUCUUUAGAGGAUCAUUUCAAGGGAUCAUUAAAGGCGCUGGCAAGUAACUUGAUGCUGCAAAUGCUUACUCUGAAAUAUGAUGGUAGCAGUGGUGUUCGUGAACACAUCAUGAAGAUGACUGACAUGGCUAAUAAGCUUAAGAGCCUUGAAAUGGAAGUGUCAGAUAACUUUCUUGUGCAUUUCAUCAUGACAUCCUUACCUGCUCGUUUUGACACCUUCAAAGUGAAUUACAAUGCUAUGAAGGAUAAGUGGUCAACGAGUGAUCUAAUUUUGAUGUGUGUGCAAGAGAAGGAACGCCUCAAACUGGCACAGCCUGAGUCUGUUCAUCUUACCACCACUGCUAAUUCUAAGAAAAGGAAGGGUAGAUCUUGUAAUUUUGGUAAUAAGACUGCAAAUAAAGUCCCUAAGACCAAUCCUGGUGCAGUUGCUUCUAGCUCUAAUCCCUUGAGUGGCAAACUUCAUUGUAAAUUCUGUCGUGCAAAUGAGCACACUUAG